AUGGCCGCCGCGCCGCCGCCCGUGGCCGCCGCCGGGAGCGUUCUGGCACGGCCGCGGCCCCCGCUGCCCCGGCCGCCUCCUCUUCCUCGGCGCCCGCGAAGGCGAAGGCGCCUGGCCCCGGGCCCCGGAAGGGCUUCAAGAUCGUGCUGCUGGGGGACGCGUCGGUGGGGAAGUCCAGUCUCCUGGUGCGCUUCCUCCAGGACGCCCGCCCCCACGGCCCUCGUCCAGGCCACCGUUGGAGCUGCCUUCAGCACCAAGACGAUCCAGUCGGGUAAUCGGGAGGUGAAGUUUGAGAUAUGGGACACUGCUGGUCAGGACCGACGCUUCCGUAGUUUAGCUCCGAUGUAUUACCGCGGUGCAUCGGGUGCAGUGGUGGUGUACGACCAGACCAGCCCGGUUACCUUUGAGCGCGCCCAGGAGUGGGUACGUCAGGUAAUGCAGACAAGCUCAAAUCCAAACAUCGUCGUGGCCUUGGCUGCCAACAAGAUGGACCGAUUGGACCUCGCGGACCAGAGGCAGGUGCCCCUGGAGAAGGCGGAGGCCUUCGCCGCGCGCGAAGGCCUCCUGCUCUCCGAGACCUCGGCGAAGACGGGCAAGAACGUGGCCCAGCUGUUCGACACAAUCGCGGAGCACCUGCCCGAGGAGCCUUUCGUGCCGGAGCAGCGGGGGCUGGUGAUGUCGCAAGCAGCGUCGACCACGACGACAGGGCCGGCCGGGAAGCCGGAGUCCCGCCGCGCCGGCGGGGGCUGCUGCUCCGGCGGGGGCGGCUGA